AUGUGCACCAGAGUAUUGACGUCGCAAUGGAAUUUCGCGACAAACGUGACUGAAAUCAAUCGUCGAAGAAUGUUAGAAGAACAGGCUUUGAAGUUAAAAUUCGAUCGAAUAUCCUGGCGAAAGGCUGUCAGCUUCGCUUGGAGUCGAAUAGGAGAUACUUUUGCGAAAAAGGAACUCAAGAUGAUCGCUAUAAGAGGUCGAAAUUCCCUGACAGACGAUAAAUUUAACGAGUUGCACAGUAUAAUCCUCGAAAUGAAAGAAAUAUACGCGAGGACGAGAUUAUGUCCUUACAGAACGAUAGGCACCGAUUGUGACUUAACUUUGGAUCACGAUGUGAAUAAAGUAAUGGCGCGAUCGAAAGACUACGACGAAUUAUUGUAUUAUUGGCACGCUUGGCACGAGGCCACUGGUCCUCAACUUAAGAAUAAAUACAUGAGAUAUAUUCAACUUGCUAAUCAAGCUGCCAGAUUAAACGGUUUCGAGGAUGCUGGUGAUCAAAUGAGGGAACUCUUCGAGGACGAAUAUUUCGAGCAAAAUACAGCAGACGUGAUGUCGGCAGUGAUGCAUUUGUACAAAAAUUUAUUCACCUACGUGAGGACGAAAUUGUUCGAGAGAUACGGUGAUAAGAUAAGAAGGGACGGACCACUUCCGGCGCAUAUUUUGGGGAACAUGUGGGCUCAGAAUUGGGAGGAUCUGUUCGACGUAGUUCUGCCAUUUCCAGCUAGCAAGAGGCUCGACGUCACUUUGGACAUGAUGAUUCAAAGUUUCACACCUUUGAGGAUGUUCCAAAUAGCAGAAGAAUUCUUCACUUCUCUGGGAAUGAAACCUAUGCCACCAGAAUUCUGGAGAUUCUCCAUGUUCGAGAAACCAAUCGACAGAGAAGUAAAAUGCACUCCGAGUGCUUGGGAUUUUUGCAACAGAAUUGACUACAGGAUAAAACAGUGUACGAGAGUGACGAUGGAGGAUUUGCUGUCGACUCAUCACGAGAUCGCUAGAUUACAGUAUUAUUUGCAGUACAGGGAUCAGCCGUUGCUGUUUCGAAACGAGCCACUUCCAGGAUUUUUCGAGGCAGUCAGCGAUGCCAUCGAACUUUCCGUCUUCACGCCUCAACAUUUAAGUAAAAUUGGAUUACACGACAAUUCCACCGAUGAUUACGGAAGCGACAUCAACUUCCUCAUGUUAAUGGCGCUUCGUAAAGUUGCCUACAUGCCGUUUGCUUAUAUUGUUGACGAGUGGAGAUGGAAAGUAUUCAGCGAAGGAGUUGCCGACAUGACGAACAAAUGGUGGGAGUUGAGGUUACAGUAUCAGGGAAUUGUACCUCCAGUACCAAGAUCUGAGAGAGAUUUCGAUCCUGGCUCCAAGUAUCAUAUUCCAGCUGAUGCUCUUUAUGCCAAAUACUUUGUUGGUAUUGUCUUGCAGUUUCAAUUGUUCGAAUCUUUGUGUGAAAUAGCAGGUCACACUGGUGAUCUACACACCUGUGAUUUCUAUAGAUCACGAGAAGCUGGGAGAUUACUAUCAGAUGUGUUGUCAAUAGGUUCCUCCAGACCCUGGAAAGACGUUGUACGACAAAUGACAAGAGGAAAAACGAAUAGAAUGGACGCUGGUGCUAUAUUAAGGUACUUCGAGCCCUUAAAUCAAUGGCUGAGACGACAAAACGAAAUGGAACCUGUCGUUGGUUGGAUCACGAAUCGUGACGACACAGAAAGGUACCCACAUUACAGAAACUUAUCGUGCAAUUAUGUUCCAUUUCUUAAUCACAUUAAAACACAAAAGGUGCCACUCACGCAAAAAUUCAAUAACAACGUAUUGGUGGCGCGUUAUUGUAACACAAACGGUGCCAAAGGAGAGAUACCAAAAACAGAACCAGUGAAAAAGCAAUCAGUAUUUCAAAAAAUGAAACAGAUGACAAAGGAUUAUUGGCAUGUCUUAAUACCGGUUCAUGUAGUUACAUCUUUAGGUUGGGUUGGUCUGUUCUAUGUAACAAUCACAAAUGGAGUGGACAUUGCAAGGAUAAUGGAACUUUUGCAUGUCAAUCAAAAGUACAUAGACACGGUACGAAACUCCAGUGCUGGAAACUGGACAUUAACAUAUAUCCUCUACAAAAUCUUUACACCUCUUAGAUAUACUGUCACUAUAGGGUGUACAACAAUGGCUAUCAGAAGGCUUAGUAAAUCAGGAUUGGUAAAACCAUUGCCACAAUCACGAAUUGUAAAACCCUUGCAAUUUCGUAAAGAGACAGAUAUUAUGUACAAGUCUGUAUACAACACUGUGUACAACAGAAUCAAGUAAAACGGGAGUACACAAAACAACAUACAAAGUAGAACGACAAACGGA